AUGACCAUGCUUCAUAGUACAAACAUUAAGCAACUCCUCCAGAGGACCUUAGAACCAACCCACACUCCAGUCUCGACUUACCAAAUACAAUCCGCAGUCCUCGUCUCGCGCAAAAGUGGUUCUAUCGUCUCCUUUGUAACUAAUAGCGUAUCUAAGGUUCCAUCCAAUGACUCCAUCAACAACCUCAAAAUGAUGGCCCUUCUCACUAAGGAGAAGUGGUCCGAAGACGAACAGGACCCAAAGGCCCAAGCGACUAAAAGCUGUUAUCACGUGACAAUAAAUACACCCGACUCGGGCUCUGCCGCAUCUUCGUCGCAAACCACCUCCCGCAUCUAUACAUUUGAAUUGGAAGAUCUCCAUACAUGUGUCGCACAAAUACCUGGAUCUGACCUGCUGCUUCUCCUAAUUGGCGAUUCUUCCUACCCCCACGGAUUGCUCGUGAUGAGAUUGAAAAGUGCCCUAGGCGCAUUCCAAGACGUCUACGGCUACAAGCUGGACUAG